AUGAAAGACUGCUGGCUAGCCAGCGUCUGCUCCUGCUACCAGCUUGUGCUGAACCCGAAGCGUACGCGGUGCCAGGGUCUGCAAGAGGCAUGCAAGGAAUCCGCCCAGCGGUUCGUCACCCACCUGUCCGGAUGGUUUGGCCGCGUGGUCUGCGAUGAAGGCCACGCGGCCAAGACCAUCCGGACACGAGUCCACCAGUCUGUCACGCGACUCGAGGCAGAGCAUGUCUGGUUCCUGACGGCGACCUCAACUCAUGGGACCCGGAGCGUCCCAGCCAUCACUUCAUCCACGAUCACAACUCCCAACACGCAUGCAGCAAUCCUGCCCUUUGUUCUGGAGCAGGGAACAAUACAAGACAUUCCUGGCAAUGCUACGCCCUCUCCACUCACGUUAGAGUUCGAACUCAUUUGGUCGACCACAGAAUUCAUGGACGGGAAGAACGAAGCCGCGCAUGAGCGAGCAGGAUUGUUCACCCGUCUGCGCGUAGCAAUGUCUGAUCUCCACGAUUACUCCCCCAACGGUGUGGACUCAGCAGUCAGUGCCAGCUCCCAAUUGAGCCCGUCCUCUGUUUCAUUACUUCGACUGCCAUCACCAGGACAUACACGACCAGGAAGCAAACCGAGCAAAACCCAGGAUUUUGAAUUGCAAACUCUCAAGUGCAAACUUUCUCCUAAGAUUGUUGCCAUGGUGCUUGACGGAGACACAUGGCAACUUCAGCCCACAGUUAACACAGCGAAAGAACAACCGGGAUGGAACAAGUUCAGCUACCAAAUAGAGAUGUCCCUUGUUGUUCGAUUGAUCCGGAACCAUCCGGUCGCGAAACUAACAGGGUAG